AUGCAUGAGAUUGUCACACUUCAGCUUGGCCAGCGGGCUAACUAUCUAGCAACACACUUUUGGAAUCUGCAGGAAUCAUACUUUACAUACAACGAGGGAGAACAGUCUGAUGUUGAUCAUGAUGUUCAUUUUCGGCCGGGUGUUGGAGCAGAUGGCUCUGAAACUUACACUCCACGCACAGUAAUCUAUGAUCUGAAGGGCGGAUUUGGAACAUUGCGCAGAUACAAUGCACUUUACGAGCUCAGUGAAGACUCCACGGCAGGCCAAGGAUUAUGGGAUGGACGAGAGAUAAUCCAAAAACAAACUCCAAUCCAACAAAGUGAAUAUCAGAAAAGCUUGGACCUGGGAACUACAGCCCCUCGCCUGACCUCAGAGUCUGUACGCUACUGGUCAGACUACAACAGAGUGUACUAUCACCCGAGGUCCAUUGUCCAGCUAAAUGAAUAUGACUUAAACUCCCAGACCAUGCCCUUUGAGGAUUGGAAUGUCGGGGAAGAAUUAUUCAAAGACCUUGAUAAGGAGCAUGACUUGCUCGACCGUGACCUGAGACUUCUCCUUGAAGAAUGUGACCACUUGCGGGCGCUGCAACUAUUCUCCGGGUCAGAUGACGCCUGGGGUGGAUUCGCUGCCCAGUAUAUGGAAAGACUAAGAGAUGAAUUCGGGAAGAAAAGUAUUUGGGUGUGGGCUAUUGAAGACGGCACCAGGAGCCAACGGCAUCACCAGUUCAAGAAGGAUACGAACAAGGCUAGGUCACUCUGCUCGAUCUCCCCACUGGCCUCGCUCUAUUCUCCAAUUAUCGACGUUCCGCAUAAUCUGCCCGGCUACCUCAAUGUUGAUCGCCAAUCAGAAUGGCAGAAAACAGCCUUGCUGGCCUCGGCUAUCGAGACGGUCACACUGCCUUCCCGAUUGCGGCCAUAUCAGCAUUUCGAGGCCUCCCUCGCUGGGGAAGAUGGCACACACAUCAUCUUCGAAUUGCAAUCUUCCAUCAAUAAAAUCAAAGUCAAUGACGGCCAGACCAAGGAAGCGUCCAAUGAGGAUGGGCCAACGAAAGCCGAAAUUGAAUUUGACAUUGACUUCGCCUAUGACGGCGAGGACAGUGAGUCCACGGAGGACACAGACGUCGGGUACCUUCGCAAACUUAGACGGUACAAUUCAGAGUCGAUGCUGCAAAGUUUCCACACGCCACUUAGCAUGCCUAUUCUUGACAGUUUCCCGCACGACAUGUUCCCCACCCCCGAGACAGGUACUGGAGUAAAUGUGUUUACCGCAUUGACCGCCUCGACAAGGACAGCUCAGAGGAUCAAGGCUAUCUCGGCAACGGCCGGACGUUUGGUCUCAGUCGAUGAGCGUGAGGCCUUGGUAAAUGGGCUUGGCGAGAUUCGAGAGUACUACGAGACGGGGUGGAGUAGUGGCUCGGACGAUGAGGAUGACUAG